GCUUCUUGUUCAUCAUUUGUUGCUGCUUGGCAAUUUGAGGGUGUCAUCACCCUGUGUGCCUCUUAAGGGGUGAUCAGAACAUGAAGCUGGAGUUGUGGGGGCUGGCAGAAGAGCUCAGUGUUCCUGCAGCCUUCUCUCCAAGGUGCCUGCAGAGUGAAGUUCCCCAGCCAGCUGGCUGCCCACAGAUGAGUAUUUCCCAGAAAAGGUGACCUCAGUGCCCACCCACAGCCUCCCCACUGCGCCUGUGCUGAGGCACGUUCUCAGCUCUGUGGUUGAGAGGGGACCACAGGCGGACUCAUGCGGGUGGAUAGCACAGAGCUGAGCCGUGCUGGAGGCAGUUUCUGCAGCACUGCCAUCAGGGUUGGGGCUGCUGACACCGCAACAGGCACAUCCUGCCUCCAUCGCCCCCAAAUGUGGCUGCUGGAGUGAAGCUUUCCUGCUGCAUCGAGCAUAAAUUCAUCAGGGGACGGACAUGUUCUUCCAUCUCCACUAAUCUCCCUCUGAUAUCGAGGAUUUUCCUGCCAUUAAAUGAUAGCUUGUGAGAAAAAAAAUGCCAACUUCCUAGAGGCAGAAUGCAGCUAAUGGCAUCCCUGUGAGCAGGAGGGAGAGCACAGCCACUGCCCAGCCAGCCAGGAGCACACUGUCAGCACAGCUGGAGAGAAGGAAAACCUGCAGGGUUGGCUGAGAAGGUGGAUGGUGGAAGGAAGGCACCCGGCAGGAACGUGUGGAGUGCUGGGGACUGUCAGAAGCCGUGUGCAGCAGUAUCCUCUUCCUCAAUCUUCUUUAUCCCCAAGUUUGCUUGCCAGACCUGAAAUGCCACUAGCGAAUAAUCAAGUGAUCCUUUGGGUGCCCCAUGUCCACGCGGUGUGGGCCUGUGUGCGGUCCUGCCCUGCCAACUGUGUGUGCACCCAGGAACGGAGCUGCUCUGUCCUCUGUGACCGUGCUGGCCUGGGGCAGAUCCCCAGUGAAUUCCCCUGCGAAGCCUCCUCUAUUAACCUGGACAAAAACAGCAUCAAGUUCCUCUCUGAGAGGGCCUUUGGUACUUUGCCUUCCCUUAAAUCCCUGUCCCUCAACCACAACAAUAUCUCCUUCAUCACUCCGGGGGCUUUCAAGGGUCUGCCCAGCCUGACAGAGCUGAAGAUGGCCCACAAUGAAUACAUCCGCUACCUGCACACACGGACAUUCACUGCUCUCCGGCGGCUUGUCAAAUUGGACCUGGCGGACUGCAACCUCUUCAAUAUCCCAGACAGGAUCUUCAUUGAGCUGCCCUCUUUGCAGGAGCUUUUCUGCUUCCAGAACAACUUCCGAAGGAUCCCAGGUGCCAUUAGGGGCAUGGAGAAUCUGACCCAUGUCUACCUGGAGAGAAACAGGAUCGAAGCGGUAGCCUACAACUCCCUGCAGGGGCUGACCAAGCUAAAAUACUUGAAUCUGCAAGACAACAGGAUAAAUGUUGUUCAUGAGCGAGCUUUUCAGGGCUGCCAAAAGAUGGAGUACCUGUACCUGAAUGACAAUUUGAUCAGCGAGCUGCCAGAAAAUUCCUUUGAUGGCCUGAGGUGCCUGAAAAUGCUCAACCUAGGGGGGAAUUUCCUCAGGAAUGUUUCCAACACUUGGUUCAGGGACCUGGUGGAGCUGGAGGUUCUCUAUCUGGACCGCAACAGGAUCAACUACAUUGAGGAGGGGGCUUUUGAGAACCUCACCAGCCUGGUCUCCUUGCACUUGAACAGCAACAACCUGACGACCCUGCCCUUCUCUGUCUUCCAGCCUGUGUACUUCCUGGGACGGCUGUAUCUCUUCCGCAACCCCUGGGAGUGUGACUGCCGCAUCGAAUGGCUGAAGGAGUGGAUGGAGAACUACAGACUUGUCAGGGACAUUCCCUGUGCCUCCCCGUCCUCUGUAGCUGGGAUUGACCUAAUGGACGUGCUCUACGACAGAUCACCAGAAGGUUACUGUCUUGACCCCGCGGAGCUAAAUGUCACAUCUGACAGUCCGACCCCUAGCAGCGAGCCUUUCUCUACCACAGAGAGCAAGUUCAACAGCCUUAUUUCUAAACUCUUGCUUCAGAUGGGCCUUCCCGAAGAGCUGGCAAACACUACUGAAGUCUUCAGUAACGCUACACAACUGGAUGGACUCACUGGUGGGGUUACUUCUGGCACAAGGGAAGACAGCAGCAAAGCCAUCUCCUUCUCUUUCCACCUCCCAACACUUCUUACAGUGGUUAUUUUCCGGAGCAAGUAGUGCAAAGGCUGCCUGAAGCAUGCGUCCUGCUGGAGCAUUUAGUCUUUGUCCCUUCCUUACACUGCCCAGGGUUGCUACAAAACUUUGCAGGCCCUUUUAAACAGGAGGAUGGUACCUGGGGAGGGUCUGGGGUGAGCGUGGCUUUUUGGGUGUGAUGUUAGAUAAGGAUUUUGUUCUUCUCCCUGCAAUCCUGAGACAUCUGCAGGAAAACCAGAGACACCCAUUUUUGUCAAAGCAGUCUUCUCCAAGGAAAAGCUUUCAACACAACGGUUCACUCCUCAAUGUCUGUUUCAAAUGCUCAAUUCAUUUUUCAAUGAAGAUAUUGUUUCAAGGAAUAUGCUGUUUUUAUUUAUAGGUUGUUUCAUGUCCUGAUACCAGGAGUGGAAUAUGGCAAUGACAGAUGUAGACAGGCUGUACUGUACUGUUUUGUAUUUCUAUCACUCAUUAAUAUUUAUCACACAAUACUUAUCAUACAUAACUUAUCAUAUUGUGGUAUACAUGUUUGUAUAAAAUGAUAGGACAUACAUAAUCCCUUACUAGUACUAAAAUGUCACAAAAUCAGAAUA